UUAAUUUAUUUAAUGCCGACUGACAAUUUUCAAUAUCGUGCAAUAUAUAAAUAAGCUUCAUUGAUGAUAAAUAAUUUAAAAGAAAUUUAUUAUAAGAACCAAAAAAUACAAAAACUACAAUAAGCUAGAAUAAUAAAAACUAUAAAUAGUAAAAGUUAUGCUAAGUAAAAGAAAAAGCUAAGAAUUAUUAAGUAAAUGGAUCAUUUUGUGUAGAAGAUUAUUGUGAUUAUAAGAGGUGUAAUAACUAGGGACGUGGGAUAAAUGAAGAUAGGGGCAUCAAUUUAACCAAUAAAGAGUAAAGUGACAAAGGAAAGGUCUGUAUCAACUUGUAUGAAUGCUAAAGUAGGUAUAUUAAGGAAGAAACUAAAAAAAGAUGAUAUUAGUCAUAAAGGUAGUGUGAAAUCUUUUAAACAAAGGCAGCAUUAGAAAGAAAGUGAUUUUGAUACACAUUUAAGUCCGAGUUGAUGGAUACUAUACAACAGCACCAUAUUAAAUAUUAGAAUGGAAAAAGAAAAAUAAAGAGAGUGUAGACAGGAAUAAAGAGAAAAGGCUAUUUUUUCCCUUUAAAAAAGCUUUUAAAGCUUGACCAAUUAUAAAAUUAAUAUAACAUUUGAAAGAAAGAAAAAAAAGUAAUAAAAACCGAAAUCUGUGACCAUGAAUAUCUGCUCUAAAAGUAAACCAUUAAGAGAGUAGAACUGCAAAAGAAUAAUGUUUUUUAUAAUUUAAAUUCUGAAACAUAUUGUAAAGCAACUAGUUAUAAAGAAGGAAAAAAUGAUACUAAUUUUAAAAUGCCCAAAUGGCAUCAUUUAGAUAAUGGUGGUCGGAAAUUUAUACCUUCAAAUAAUAUAGCACCCACUGACAUAACUCCAAUACUUAUUUCUGGAGAAAAAUUUGAAGAAACUUCUACUAGAAUAAUAGCUCCAAUGGUUUGGGGUAUGAUACCACCUUGGCAUAAAGGUAGUCUAAGUGAUCAUGGUUUAAGUUCCAAUAACUGUAGAAUUGAAAAUAUAACUACCUCAAAAUUGUAUGAAAAACCUUUGAUUGAAGGAAAACGUUGUGUUGUUAUUUGUGAAGGUUUUUAUGAGUGGCAAACAAUAUCAUCUUCAAAAAAAAAACCAUAUUUUAUAUACUCAUCUCAAGAAAAAGAGAUUUAUGAAAAAAAAAAUUGGGAAUGUGCUCAAUGGUCUGAAAACUUAGGAUGGCAAGGGCCAUCUUUAUUAAAACUGGCUGGUUUAUACAACAAGUGGAAAUCAUUAAAUGGUGAUAUUAUUUAUAGUUAUUCUAUCAUAACCAUGAAAUCAAAUUCAAUGUUUUGUAAAAUCCACCACAGAAUUCCUGCUAUUUUAGAGGAUGAUCAACAAAUAAAUGACUGGUUAGAUAGCAAAAGAAUAUCAAGCAAUAAAGCAAUAUUACUCCUUCAACAAUCAGAGAAACUAAAAUGGUAUGAAGUAUCUACGCAAGUUAAUAAUUCACGUAAUAAAAAUGAUAAUUGUAGUAAACCAUUAUCAAAAAUAAUAAACAAAAGCGAAGUUUUCAUGAAUUCUUGGUUAUCUGGAGUAAAAAAUAAAAGAAUUGGUGACGAUCAACCCAGUAAAAUGAAGAAAACGAAUUAAUUUCGCAGUAAAAAUUUUAUUUCAUUAUACAAUAUACUUGACCAAAAAUACUCA